AGCAACUGAUAUCCUGAUCUGCAGCUUGGCUGGAUGUUAAGAUGUCCAUGGACAUGAACAGCCAGGUGUCUGACAGCAAUGAAGAGGACUAUGACCCAAACUGUGAGGAAGAGGAGGAAGAGGACCCUGGGGACAUAGAGGACUACUAUGUGGGAGUAGCCAGUGAUGUGGAGCAGCAGGGGGCUGAAACUUUUGAUCCUGAAGAGUACCAGUUCACUUGCUUGACCUAUAAGGAGUCUGAGGGUGCCCUUCAUGAGCAUAUGACCAGCUUAGCCUCUGUCUUAAAGGUAUCUCAUUCAGUUGCAAAACUUACAUUAGUUAAUUUCCACUGGCAAGUCUCAGAGAUUCUGGACAGGUGCAGGUCUAAGUCUGCUCAGCUGCGUCGAGUUCAGCCUAAUCCAUCAAAACACAUCCCCACAGCCCAUCCCCCUCACCACUGUGCAGUGUGUAUGAAGUUGGUACGGAAGGAAAACCUGCUGCUCUCUCUGGUUUGCCAACAUCAGUUUUGCCGAAGCUGCUGGGAGCAGCAUUGCUCAGUACUUGCCAAGUAUGGUGUUGGUGUAGGAGUCUCAUGUAUGGCUCAGGAUUGUCCACUCCGAACACCAGAGGACUUUGUAUUUCCCUUGCUUCCCAAUGAAGAAUUAAGAGACAAGUACAGGCGCUACCUCUUUAGGAACUAUGUGGAGAGUCAUUACCAGCUCCAGAUGUGCCCUGGUGCAGACCGCCCCGUGGUUAUUCCGGUACAGGAGCCUAGAGCUUGCGGAGCACAGUGCAAUCAAUGCAACGAGGUCUUCUGUUUCAAGUGUCGACAGAUGUAUUGCCCCCCCCCCCCAGACUGCGCCACAACCCGGAAAUGGCUCACCAAGUGUGCAGACGACUCGGAAACAGCUAACUACAUUAGUGCUCACACUAAAGACUGUGGCAAGUACAGCAUCCGUAUUGAGAAGAACGGACGCUACAAUCACAUGCAAUGUUCCAAGUGUAAGCACAGCAUCUACUGGACGUGUCUAGGAGACUGGAAGAUACAUGGCAGUGAGUACUAUGAGUGUAGUCGGUACAAGGAGAAUCCUGACACUGUCAACCAGAGCCUUGCCCAGGCCAAGGAGGCCCUGAAGAAGUACUUGUUUUACUUUGAGAGGUGGGAAAACCACAGCAAAAGUUCGCAGCUAGAGGCACACACAUACCAUCAGACUUAUGAGAAGAUUCAAGAGAGGGUUAGGAACAAUCUGGGAAUGUGGGUGGACUGGCAGUACCUGCAGAAUGCUGCUAAGCUGUUGGCCAAGUGUCGAUACACCCUGCAAUACACCUAUCCAUAUGCGUACUACUUGGAGUCUGGUCCCAGGAAGAAGUUGCUUGAAUACCAGCAGGCUCAGCUGGAGGCUGAGACCGAAAACCUUUGGUGGAAAGUUGAGGGUGCAGACAGCUAUGACAGAGGGGACUUGGAAAACCAAAUGCACAGAAGAGCAGAGCAGCGGAGAAGAACCCUGCUGAAGGAUUCUCACAACACCUAA